AUGAUGGACAUCGACCGCGACCGUGACCGCGAGCAGCGCGCCUACGAGCGCGACACCAAGCGGUACAAGCAGGAGAGGAUCAAGGAGGGAACCAUGAGCCCUUCCGUCAUGCCUAAGCUUGCUGCGAUUGGCGGGCAUCCCCCACCAGCUGUUGGCCCCGGUCUACCUCCGCUUGCAACCCAGACUGGCUAUCCGAUGCCCCCAGGUCCAUCGGGUCCGCCACCUCCGCCUCCCGGACCUAGUGCUGUGGAUCCGAACUCCCAGUCACCCGCUCGACCCGUCCCCGCCUUCCUCGAUGAACUCGAUCCGAGUGUGAUGCCACCCGAACUGAAGAAGGAGGGUCCGGAAUAUUGGGCCGUCUUCAAUCCGAAGACGAAGCGUGUGAUUGACAUAGAUAUUGUGCACACCUUCCCUCACCCAAGCGUGGUAUGCUGCGUGCAGUUCUCCGCGGAUGGCAAAUACCUGGCCACGGGAUGCAAUCGAAAAGCACAAAUCUUUGACGUGAAGACUGGUCACAAGACAGCCGAGUUCUUGGACAAAAAUGCGAAUGCCAACGGCGAUCUGUACAUCCGUAGCGUGUGCUUCAGCCCCGACGGCAAGUAUCUUGCAACAGGCGCCGAGGACAAGCUGAUCAGACUCUGGGAUAUCGCGAAAGGCCGCAUCCGCCAGGUCUUCGAGGGCCACCAGCAGGAGAUCUACUCCCUCGUCUUCUCGCACAAUGGCAAGCUGAUCGUCUCCGGCUCUGGCGACAAGACCGCGCGCAUCUGGGACAUCUCCGACCCGAGCAACAACAAGGUGCUGGCGAUCAACGAGCCCGACACGCUCACUACGGAAGCCGGCGUCACAAGCGUGGCCAUCUCGCCCGACGGCCGCCUCGUCGCGGCGGGUUCGCUCGACACCGUCGUUCGCAUUUGGGACGUCGCGACUGGGCAGCUGCUCGAGCGCCUGCGUGGGCACCGCGACAGUGUCUACAGCGUGCGCUUUACGCCCGACGGUCGCGGCUUGAUCAGCGGGAGCUUGGAUAAGACGCUGAAGUACUGGGACAUCACGCCGGUGACGAGCGCGGGCAAGCACAGGGAGAUGGUGCACUGCACGAUGAGCUUUGCGGGGCAUAAGGACUAUGUGCUGUCGGUCGCGGUGUCGCCAGAUGGCCAGUGGGUGGUGUCGGGGUCGAAGGACCGCUCGGUCACGUUCUGGGACUCGCGGACAGCGACGAUGCAAUGCAUGCUGCAAGGGCACAAAAACUCCGUUAUCUCCAUCGACCUCAAUCAAACGGCACAAAUGCUUGCAACGGGAAGUGGAGAUUCGCAAGCGCGCAUCUGGGCGUACACACCGUACAAUGGGCCCUAG